UCUAUGGUAGUAGAGGUACACGUCAUUUCGUUUUUGUUGAGGUUAUCGCUAAAAAUCGAAGAUGAAAUUCUAUUUAAUUUUAGGUGUAUUUCUAUUUUUCUCAGCAGCAUUAGCUGAGCAAGAAACUCUAGUUUUAGUAGAUAACCUUAAUAUAAGGGAAACCCAUUCACAAUUCUUCAAAUCUCUUCAGGAUCGAGGCUACACCCUUACGUACAAAUUGGCCGACGAUGCUAACUUGGUGCUCUCUAAGUACGGCGAAUACUUGUACAAGAACUUGAUAAUAUUCGCACCGUCCGUGCUGGAGUUCGGCGGUCUGAUCGACACCGAGGCGAUCACCAAGUUCAUAGACGAUGGAGGCAACCUGCUCAUGGCCGGCAACGCCGCUGCCGGUGACGUGUACAGGGAGAUAGCAUCAGAAUGUGGUUUUGAGAUGGAUGAGGAAUCUGCAGCUGUCAUUGACCACUUCAACUAUGAUGCCAGUGAUGAUGGUGACCACACCAGGAUUGUGGUGUCUCCUAAGAACCUGAUCAAUGCCCCAACCAUUGUGGGAGCCCAGAACACACAGCCCCUACUGUUUGAGGGUACUGGCCUCAUCCUAGACAAGGACAACAGCCUGGUUCUCCCAAUCCUAACUGCUGACAGCACUGCAUACAGCUACAAUCCUAAGAGCCAGGUGAAGGAAUACCCGCACGCCGUGGGCCGCAAGACGGUGCUGAUCGCGGCGCUGCAGGCCCGCAACAACGCGCGCAUCGUCUUCAGCGGCUCCCUGUUCUUCUUCUCCGAUGAAGCUUUCAACUCGCCAGUCUCUAAAGUCCAUAGCGACAAGCUGAAGUCCGACGCAUCCGGUAACAAGGCGCUGGCGGCGUCUCUGAGCGCGUGGGCCUUCGGCGAGCGCGGCCGCCUGCGCGUGCGCCGCGUGCACCACCAGCGCCCCGGGGACUCGCACUCCUCUGAUACCUACACUAUCAUGGACACUGUCAUCUACAGAAUCGAGAUCGAAGAGCUCAGGAACGGCAAAUGGCAGCCGUUCGAGGCCAACGACGUGCAGUUAGAGUUCGUGCGCAUCGACCCGUUCAUCCGCGCCACGCUGCAGCGCCGGCCCAGCGGCGCCUACGAGGCCGAGCUGCGCGUGCCCGACGUGUGGGGCGUGUACCAGUUCAAGGUGGACUACGACCGCGUAGGAUACACCAGGCUCUACCACUCCACUCAGGUGUCGGUGCGCCCGCUGCAGCACACGCAAUACGAGCGGUUCAUCCCCAGCGCGUACCCCUACUACGUCAGCGCCUUCUCCAUGAUGGUCGGCGUGUUCCUGUUCUCCUUCGUCUUCCUGUACUACAAGGAAGAAACGCCCAAGACCAAGAGCGAGUAAAUCUCGCAAACAGCUCGAAGGAAUAAAGGCGCCGAGAUAAUCCGACACCGGCGCCACCUUCGAGUUUAUAGUCUAGUAAUUUUAUUUAAGCCACUGUUUCCAAAAAGUGUGAUAGUGUGAGCACAAAACGUGUGUAAAACGAGCGCUUGAAAGGUGUAUUUUCAUCUUGAUAAUAAAAUGUUGUCAAUAUUU